UGGCCCAUUAUUGCCCCGGAGUUUGGGGGAGGGUCUCCUCCGCCCCCGACUCGGUGGACCGAUGGGAACUACAUUACCCAGGAGAUUGUGUGCGGACCGGCCUUGUUCUCCACACCAGUGAUGGCCCCGAACAGAGGCUCUUCCGGGAUUGUGAACUAUGAGUGGGCGGGACUUCCGGCUCCUUCCUGAAGGAGGUCGUUUGGCUGCUUUUGCUGCCGUCUGCAGGACCCGAGGCUCAGGAUCACUCGGUGGAGCCGAGCUUAGAGAAACUGGAAAGAACCAGAGGGGCGCCGUCCACACUGCCCAGGAGUGAGCGGGUUGCGGAACCCACUUCCGGGAUUUUCGGCCUAGGUCUCCGCCAUUAUCCUGCGCGUCUCCUGGCACCACCGCGCCCACAGGGUCCUAUGUCAACCAACGCGGUGCAGGACCGGGCCCAGGUUCCCAUGGUAGCAGCAGCAUUUAUGGCCCCUGGACAGGUAAGUGGAAGAAACCCCAGUACCUACCCACACGUCAUCCCUACCCUUGGUCCUGACACACAGAUAUAGGAGACAGUGUUGUCCUGGGAUUGUGGGCCCUUAGGUCUGGGCCCUGGCACCAUCUCAGGCACAGGAUCAUUAAUCAAAGCCAGCAGUUGUAUGGAGGUGUUCCCAUGUGUCCAAUGGAGAAGGUCAAUUGGUAACAUGUCCUUGGGCACAGCCUGGAGAUGAGACUGAGAGGGGAGUCUUCAGGGAACUGCCAAACCCAUGACGUGGGCUGAUAAAGACUGGGGGCAUGAGUCAUUCCUGGGAUAGCAGCCUGAGGAGCUGGGCCUCUCCUGAGGGGGCGGGUCCAUGACACGUUGGCCACAGAGGAGGGAAGUGAUCUGACACUGGGUCUGAAGAGGCUGUUCUGCCUGCCGAGAGGAAGACUGGGGGUGAGGGUGGAGCCGGGGGCCAAGUGGAGGGCACAGUCCUGGUGAAUGUCGAUUGUGACUGGAUCCUGGCAAUGGCUCUGUAGCAGGAGAGGAGGUGAGUCUCUGAAUCUCGUUUGUGGUAGAGCUGAUUUUCUGCUGUACAGGAUGAGAGAGAGUAGUCUGACAUGACCCCAGGAUGUUUGCCUCUAGGUGACGGUGGGGAUGCCAUGUCUGAGACGGGAAGUCAGAAGUAUGAGUAAUGGACAGAAGGACUGUCCAGAGUUCCAUGUUCCCAUGCUGAGUCUGAGAUAUUGCUGGGGUGUCUUGUGGGAGGUCCCGCAGAGGCCUGGGGAAGCACCACGUGCUGGGUGGCAUGUGGGGAACACGGGCCAUGUGAUCUUUGAGGAUGUGGCUGUGUCCUUCUCCCAGGAGGAGUGGGGUCUCCUUAACAAUGCUCAGAGACUCCUGUACUGUGACGUGAUGCUGGAGAACCUGUCACUUAUAGCCUCCCUGGGUUGUUGGCAUGGAGUAGAAGCUGAGGAGGCCGUUUCUGAACAAUGUGUUUCUGUAGAACAAGUGACAGAAAACAGGAAUCCAAAGCUGGAGUCAUCUAUCCUGAAGCCUCUUACUUCUGUUACGAGUGUCCUGGCAGAGAAAGAUGUUUUGUACUUGGCUGACAAUAUGUUCACGUGCAGAGAGGUUGAGAAGGCUUUCCUAGGCAGCUUGGGCUUUCCCCAGCACCAGCCCUCCCAUGAUGGAGAGCAUCCACGUAGAAGCAGGCAGAGCAGGGAGGUCUCUCACCCUGGGCAAGGGCAUCACAAGUGCAGCGAAUGUGGUAAAGCCUUCAGUAAAAAGUUUAAAUUCACGGAGCACCUGAGAGUUCACACUGGAGAAAAACCUUAUGAGUGCAGUGACUGCGGGAAGUUCUUUAGACACAGCUCCAGUCUUAUUCAUCAUCGGAAAGUUCACACAGGAGAAAGGCCUUAUGAAUGCUGUAAUUGUGGGAAAGUCUUUGCCCACAAAUAUAAACUUUUUGAGCACCAGAGAAUCCACACUGGAAAAAGACCAUAUGAGUGUAAUGAAUGUGGGAAAGCCUUCCUUCGCAAGGAUUCACUUGUUCAGCACCAAAAAAUCCACACUGGAGAAAAUCCUCAUAAGUGCGGUGAAUGUGGAAAGUGCUUCCUGUACAAAAAUAACCUUCUUGUGCACCAGAGGAUCCACAGUGGAGAAAGGCCUUAUGGGUGUAGCAAAUGUGGAAAGUCCUUUGUCUUCAAAAAAAGGCUUCUUUAUCACCAGCGAAUCCACACUGGAGAAAGGCCUUACAUGUGCAGUGAAUGUGGGAAGGCCUAUGUCUACAAAGGAAGUCUUAUUGUGCAUAAGAGAAUUCACACUUUAGAGAAGGCUUAUGGGUGUAACAAAUGUGGGAAAUUCUUUACAAGCAGUUUUGCCCUCAAUAGACAUGAGAAUGUUCACACUGCACAAAGGUGUUAUGAGUGCAGCGAAUGUGGGAAAGCUCUCAACGGCAAAGUUAAACUUGCUGAGCACCAGAGAAUCCAUACUGGAGAAAGACCCUAUAAGUGUAAUGAAUGUGAGAAAGCCUUCAUGCGCAAGUAUACACUUGUUCAGCACCAAAAAGUCCACACUGGAGUAAAGCCUUUUAAAUGCAGUGAAUGUGGGAAGCCCUUCACUUACAAAACAAGUCUUGUUGUCCACCAGAGAAUCCACACUGGAGAAAGGCCUUAUAUGUGCAGUGAAUGUGGGGAAGUCUUUGUCUACAGAAGAAGUCUUGUUGUCCAUCAGAGAAUCCACACUAGAGAAAAGCCUUAUGAAUGUAGUUCUUUGUAAGCAGCUCCAAGCUCACAAAAAACAAAGUUCACACUGGGGCAAUGCCUUCUGGACUUAUGCUUUCCUUCACUUGAGUUAAUAUCUAGCAGCACAACUCCUAUGUAGUAGAGUAGGUGAAUGUAUACCUUAUAUGUGGCCUGUCAAACUUUUCUAAAAUGGUAGUAUCUUUUUAUAGUCUCACGAGAAGCAGCAGAACAUGAGUUCCUGUUUUUUACAUUUUUACCAACACUUGGUAUGUUCAGGCUUUCUAAUUUCAGUGAUGUCAUAGGUGUAUCUAGUGAUUUUAACUAACAUUUCCCUAUUGACACAAUGUGAGUGGUUUUCCAUGUGUUAAUUUCCAACCAUAUUUCUUUUUUUCUUUUUAGUUUUUAUUGGAGUAUAGUUAAUUUACAAUGCUGUGUUUCAGGUGUACAGCAAAGUGAAUCAGACAGCCAUAUUUCUUUUUUGAAAUUUCUGUUCAUAUAAUUUUGUCAUCUUAAUUACUGAGUUUUGAUGUUUCUUCAUGGAUUAUUGAUUAAGGUCCUCUAAUGGAAAUAUUUACCAAUAUUCUUCCAGACUUGUUCUUCUCAUUUUAAUCACUUUUCCAGAGAAAGACUUUAUUUUGGGGGGGGGGGGGUUGGACAUGCUGUGGUAUGCAGGAUCUUACUUCCCCAACCAGGGAUUGAACCUGUGCCCCCUGCCGGGGAAGCACAGAGUCCUAAUCACUGGAUCUCCAGGGAAUUCCUCAAUAUGAAGCUCAGAAUCCACUUUUCAAUUUGUGCAUCACAAAAAAAUCCUACUAGAAUUUUGACUGGGAUUGCAUUUAAUCUUCAAUUUAGAAAGAAAUACUGAGUGUCCCAAUCUAUAAACUUGAUAGAUCUCCUUUUAUUUAGAUCUUGCUUAAUUUUUAUUAGCAGUCUUUUUUAGUUUUCUGUUUGUAGGUCUUACACAUCUUCAGGUAUUUUCUACAUCUUAUUGUGAAAGGGAAUUUAAAAAAAUCUUCAAUUUAUGAAUUGUUCAUACCUAUUACACUUAGAGAGAUAUAAAACUAAGGACAGAAGUGAUCUUUCUUUUUUUUUGGGGGGGGUGGGGGGCAACGUGUGGGACCUCAGUUCCCUGGCCAGGAAUUGAACCUGGGCCAUGGCAGCAAAAGACCGGAAUCCUAACAACUAGGCCACCACGGAACUCCCUAGUAGUGAUCCUUCUUAAUCUUAUAAAUAACAUCUACAAAGAGCUAUUAGAAAUACUAUCCCUUUGAACCAUUAUUAAAGUAUUCCCAUUAGAAUAAAAGGAGGACAGCUGCUCUUUGUUCUCUUAUUCAGUAUCAUCCUGGAGUUCCAAUUUCAUUCAAUACAACAACAAAAAUAUACGGCAAAAUAAUAUUUAGCAAUUGGAAAGGAAGAAAUAAACCACCUAAAAUAUGUCCACAGUUUUCAUCUUCACUAUGAAUCCAAAUAUGGACACUCAGUUUAGUGUCUGGACCCAUCAUAAACUCCUAAUUUUUUCGUCACCUAUUUGCUGCCCUUCUUACUUCUUUAGAACCCAUUACUUUCUAUUACACUAUGCAACUUAAUAUCAUAGAUAAACUGCUUAUUGUAUAUUUCUAUCAAAUACAGACUAAGUUCCAGUAGGGGAAUAUGUAUUUACAUGUUGUGCACUGAUAUAUUUCAUAUUCCUAGAAACAUGUCUGAAACACCUAUGGUACAUAUUGAUGUCUUGAAAUACAUAACAAAAUGACAACGCUCAUUUAACAUUCAAUUGCACAACUGUGGGUAUACUUUCUAACUCUCCUUACCCUGCCUUUCUCCUCACCCUGCCUUUUCCUUCAGUUUCGCUACCCUCAAAAUGCUCUGAGUUAUGGGACAAAUCAUAUUUUGCAAAAAGCCUUUAAAUCAACUAAAAAGUCCCAAUAGUUAUUUUAUUGGCUUCCUUCUCUUAUUAGAUCUCAGAGGGUUUUUUUUCUCACAUUCCAUUGGGAGUUUGAUUGUUUAUUUCAAAAACAGGUUUUCCGCCAUCAAUUUCUGCCACUCCUGAUGCAUAUCUAUCCUUUUUUUUUUUUUUUUUUUUUUUUUUGGCUGUGCGACAUGCAGGAUAUUAUUUCCCCAACCAGGGAUUGAACCCACUCUUCUUGCAGUGGAAACGAGUUUUCACCCCUGGAUCACCAGGGAAAUCCUGAUAUCUAUCUCAUUAAGCACUUUUAAUAGCUCUUGGUAGUUACACAGUCCCAAAUGUUUUUCAGAGUUUGUCUCCUCUCUGUCUGCAGACACUGUCAGUGCACUUACAGGUGAUGUGGUAAUCACUUCCAAGAGCAGAUGACAUCGUUGGGUUCUAAACAUUUAUCUCGGGCUUUUGUGUCCCCAUUGCAGACUCUCAGUUUCUGCCACGGCAGUCCUUGUUACGGGAGCAAAUACACAUUUGGUAAGUAUCUCUUCAGGUAUCUGAUUCUUAGAAAACAUUUAUAUCAGGAAACCCAACAAUAACUAUUCUUAAAAUAAAUUUCACUUCCUGAGGUCAGGACAGUAAAAAAGGAACCACCUUAGGAAGGUUAUAUAUAUAGAUACAUAGAUAUAGACAGAUAAGAACAAAGCCAUAAAAUCAGGAAAGGCAUUUGCUGAGGAAACCAGAGGAAUGUUGCCCCUCAUCAACGUACAUCAGGAGUGCCUGACACUUCCCCUUUCUCCUCAGUUGCAUUGUUUUGAAACUUGUCUCACUGGCUUCUCACUAAACACACUGACCAUAAACAGGGUUCACUGUAGAGGCUUCAAGAUAAGGUAGGUUGUGAGUAAUAAGAUGAAGAAGAUGAGUUCCUACUCUGAGUAGAGGCCUAGUGUCUGUGUGGUAUCUGCUGAUGAGGGGCAUUUUGUGUCAUGGAGACUUUAAUGAUGUGUCUCUAAAUUUUUAUCCUUGGCAGAAGGCUGUUCAUUACAUCUCAAGUACUUAGAUGUCCUCUUUAUCAGUAAUCGCCACUAGGGCCUUGGCUUCCAUUCGUCACCUAUAAAAAUGGAUCCAUUCUUCUGUCAUCUAUCUAUCGUCUACCUCUAUAUCCUCUUUACUUUAUUGUGAUUUCAUCUCAAUGACAUAAUUUUUUAAAAAGAUUUUCUUGGUUUGAUGUGGACCAUUUUUAAAGUCUUUAUUGAAUUUGUUACAAUAUUGCUUCUGUUUUUGUUUUGGUUUUUUGGCACAAGGCACGUGGGAUCUUAGCUCCCUGACCAGGGAUUGAACCCUCAACCACUGCAUUGGAAAGUGAAGUCUUAACCACUCUGCCGCCAGGGAAGUCCCCAUUUAUAAUUUUUUUAGAGAGAAAAAAAUUGGACCAUACACCCUCUUAGAAGAAUUGAAUCAUCCUACACUCAGUGAGAACAGGGCAUUUAAAUUAGACCCUUCCUGUGCCUUCACAGAACCUCUAUGAUAAGGGGAAGUUAUCAAUCAUUAUUGUCUGUGACUCACUGGAGGUCAUUACGAGUAGAUUGACCCAUGACCUCAACAAUGUCAUGGUUGUCAGACUCUCAGGUUUAUGCAAACUUCCAAAUUCCCACGAUAAAUUCUGUUGACAUAUGUUUUUGUUAUUUAACUUCACCUUGUGGUUCCUCUCAGUAUUCCUGGUUACUUCCUUUGUCAAUUUUCUUAUUCUGCUUAAUUUUCUAAUUCUGUAACCUAUUUUCAUUAUACUUGUGGAAUUUUUUUUACUUUAAGAAUUAUGACUAACAGAACAUAGUCAAAUUUUAGAAAUUUCAUAUAAUAUCUAGAAUAUUUAUAUCAAAGACAUUUACCCAUACAUUAUAACCUGGGAGGGUUUAUCACCACUCAAUUGGCAAUGCUUCCCAUGUAAUUUCACAUAGCAAAUAAUCCUAAUUAGCUUAAUAUCUCUGGCUCUGAGAUUCUUCAGGGGCCCACUAGAUGUCAGAAGAAACUGAAUUAGAAUUUGAUCCUUGGGAAUUUUGUCAAAAAUAUCAAAAAGGUUUUAAAACAGUUGACUAAGAAGUUUCAUAAGUCACUGUCAAACAUGUUUAAUUAUGCACUUUACCAAAGUGACAAUAAAAGAUUUCAAAGGCAAAUACAGGAAGUUAUAAUAAAUUACUUAAAAGAUAAGCUUUACAAUCUAUCAAUAGCUGAUAUAUAUAUAUUUGUCUUUAUUGAAUUUGUUACAAUAUUCUUUUUUUUUAUGUUUUGGUUUUUUGGCCAUGAGGCAUGUAGGAUCUUAGCUCCCCAACCAGGGAUUGAACCCUCACCCUCUGCUUUGGAAGGCAGAGUUUUAACCACUGGACUGCGAGGGAAGUCCCAAUAGCUGAACAGUAUUCUAAGAAAACACUGUCCUCAACAGAGACGAAACCAAAUUUAGGUUUUAGCACCAUCUUACCCUUAAAAUUCAUUUACUCAAUUAAAUUUAUUCUAUUCUUACUCCUGACCACACACAAACCCCUACCCCCUUCCCCCAGGGUUUCUUUUCCACAAACCUUCUAUAACUUCCUUUUUUACCUUUAGAUUUUUUCCUAUGCCUUCUCUUUAUCUCUCUCUCUUUUUAACCUCUCUUUAGGUCAAAAUUACUUUCUCUUAACUAAGUGUAUUUCCUUUCCUUGUACCUUCUUUUUUCUUGCAUACAAAGAUGUUUUCCUUAGUAAUUUUUAGUGUUUUUCAUUACAUAUAUUAAUUAGAAUUAUUCGCCUUUAAAACCUUAAUUUAAAGUGAAAACUAAGAAGCAAGCAAUUUUGAACUAUCAUUUACAUUAGCAUUCUGUAAGUUGGCAAACUUAUAAAUACUAUUUAUAAUUUCUUUUAAAAAGUGCUUUCUUAUCUUAUAGAAAAUAUCUCCUGUGGCACCAAACAUAUAUAUAUUUUUAAAUUUA